UUUUAACUAGCCGCAUCUAACUGACUAUGCAGUUCUAGGGGGAGCUUGUGGAGGGAGUUAUGGCCUUAUCCCCAACGACAAUACGAAGUGCCCAUAAAAGUGACAACGAAUCGUCGCGCUACGUCAAUCCAAUCUUUGUUCCAGCGUGUCGGGUUGACCCUAUGGAGAUUUGAUGGACUAAUUAAGAAAGUGGAAGCACCACGACAUGAAAGGAAAUCAAAAAUGGUGACCCGAACCGAGCGGCUCGAGAGUCGAGAGUCCUGAGUCGAGAGUCCUGAGUCGGGAGUCAAAAGAUGGCUGUGAUAACGAUUUUACAUAUCCUUUCUCAUCAUCCUGCGGACCUGAGCCAUGCGUCUGUAUACAACUCCCCAGCAGCGGAUCUCUUGGCUGGGUCCCACUGCAGCAGUUUUCCCGCGAAAGAAAUGAAUUCCCUCUUCUCUUCGAGGGCUGUUACCGACUCCUCCAGGCUGAUUGAUGGCAUCUCCACGAGGCCCUUCCAGUUACUUUUGUCCCAAAAUGGAAAUCAGUGAAUUUCCGGGAGGUGAGCAGAAGCAGGGGGCAAGCAAUCUAA